AUGUCUAUAGGUUUUAUCACAACCGCCAGUGGUGCGAGCUGGCAAGAUGUCGCAGUUGAUCGACAACGGCAUCGAGACGCCACCAUCGCAGAGCUCCAUCCUCCACUGCCCGUAUUGCUGGCUGAUAAUAUACCACUUAACACCACGAGUAUCCCAGAUAAAAUAUUGACCGACGAAGAGCGCACCAUCACGGGCGCCAACGUCGAGGACCUCCUCGUGAAGCUAGCGACGGGGGAAUGGAGCUCCACGGCUGUCGUCCAGGCAUUUAUGCGCCGCGCCGGUCUAGCUCAGAAGCUGGUAAAUUGCGUGACCGAGCUGCUCCCGGACCGGGCCCUUAGACGAGCAGCUGAGCUUGAUGAGUAUCUGGCCACCCAUAAGAAGCCGAUUGGUCCGCUCCACGGCCUGCCGAUCAGCGUCAAAGAACAUAUCGGCAUGAAGGGCCUUGACAUGAAUGGCGCAUUCAUCGGUAGCGUUGGCAACACAGCCGAGAAGGACGCAGUGGUGCUAGAGCCGCUUUGGGAUGCUGGCGCGGUCUUCUAUGUAAGAACACCUGAACCGCAGACUAUGAUGCAGCUUGAAACUAGCAGUAAUUUACUUGGGGAGACGGUCAACCCGUACAAUACUACAUUAACUCCUGGAGGUUCCUCGGGCGGAGAGGGUGCUCUUAUAGGACUACGGGGAUCAGUACUCGGGAUUGGAUCGGAUAUUGGAGGCUCCAUUCGCUCUCCCGCAGCCGCAGUCGGAAUAUUCGGCUUCAAACCAACUUCCGGCCGCAUUGCCACGAGAGGGUGGUUUCCAAUGAUGUUUGGAGCUGAGCACAUCAUACCAACCAACGGGCCCAUGUCUACUAGUCUAGCCGGCCUGAAAAUCUUCACGAAAACCGUCGUAGAUGGCAAGAUGUGGCUCAAAGUUCCAAGCGUGGUCCCGAUGGAGUGGAGGGACACUUCAUCCUACUUUCCCGACAGAAAACUUAAAGUUGGCGUUCUCUGGGACGAUGGCGUCGUCAAGCCGCAUCCACCUAUAAAUAGAGCCAUGACAGAGCUCGUUGAGAAGUUGAAAAAAAGUGAGAAUAUCGAACUUAUAGACUGGAAGCCUUGGAAACAUGAUCUAGCAUGGGAGAUCAUUGCGUCUUUAUACUUUGCCGAUGGCGGUAAAGAAGUCAUAAGCUAUGUCGAGUCUUCAGGAGAACCUUUCCGCCCUUUGUCUCAGUGGAUCAUUCGAGACAACCCGCACGUGAAAGAGCAUACCAUCCGAUCUCUGUGGGACAGGAUCAUCCAGAGGGAUGGGUACCGGGAAGAUUACGCCGCGUUAUGGAACGAGACCGCCAAGACGACUUCGGAUGGUAAGAUGGUCGACGUCAUUCUGUGUCCCGCGGCUCCGGGCGUAGCUGCGAAGUUGAACACGUCCAAGUACUGGGGCUACACCUCUCAGUGGAACUUGCUUGACUAUCCGGCUGUCGUGUUCCCAGUUCAAGACCAAGUCAGCGUGGAGAAAUAUGCCCCCUACGCUUAUCCAGCGGACUAUAAACCAAAGUGCGAGAGUGAUGAGUAUAAUUGGAAUCUUUGGAGGGAACACGGGUCUGAAGGGUACCGGGACGCCCCGAUUUGCCUUCAACUAGUGAGCAGGAGAUUUAAUGACGAGAGUUUAUUAGAGGCACUAGAGAUUAUCCUUGAAGAAGCUGGGUUGCCAACUACAUGUUGA